AUGGCCCUCACGUUGUACUCUAAGCUUCACGAGAAACCAUUUGGGUACAUGUGCUGCUAUGAUCUGCUCUCAAAAGCUCCGAAGUGGCAAGAUUACAACACUGCAAUGUCCAAGAAAUUGGCAAAUGCAAACCCCUCAAGUCCUUUGCCUUCUUCUUUUCCCAACUCAACCCCUGCUGAGACUGUUCAUUCAACUUCCAAUGCCUCUGGUGAUGAGACUGCACGUGGGGAACCGACUUGUCCGAUGGGUCAAAAGAAGGCAAAGUUAGCUUAUCAAGAGGAGAAACUAGAUGCAUCCAGCCACAAACACCUCAAGAAGAUGGCCACUGCUCACAUUGACAUUGCCGAGGUUGCAAAAAAGCAAUAA